AGCAGGAGGGCGGGAAAUCACUGUGGCGUCAAUAAAUUCCUUCCACUGGAAGAAAAGCGACCGCUCGAGGAGUCUCUCAAUCGAAAUUAAAAGGCGUCCUCCGUUGCUCGCGUCUUUCCCCCGGGAAUCAGCCACCUACGUAUCGAAUCAGUCAACUCCAAGCCGAUCGGCGUCUUCCUCUUCUCUUCUCUUCUUCGCUCUCAGUCAUCGGAAUAUUCGCCAAGGGAGGAGAUGUGUGUUCUCAAGUGCCUCUGGGAGAUCUUCUUCGGCAGAGAAGAAGAAAGCCAUGGAAGAAACGAUGGAGAUUAUUAUCUGACGAGGCCACUGAACCAGCGUUUCUCACCGGCGACUGAAGCUUCUGCUUCAAUUCCUCUUCCAUCUUCUAGCUCUGUAGUCCAUACAAAGUUAUCUUCUCUUUCGGAGAAGAAACCGCCGAUCUCGGCAGAACCAAGCACGAGAUCACCGGCAAAGCCUCAUGAAAGUUGUUCGUCGUUUAGAGUUUCUCCAGAUCCUUCUAUUCCCUUGUCGAAGGCUUCCCCAUCUCCUCCUGCUCCACCGAUGAAGACUUCUCCGUCCCCUUUUCCGUCUUCUUGCUCUGCUGCUGCUUUCGGAUAUCGUGUGAAAUCAUCCUUUACAAUUACUUCUCCUUCGGAGAAAAAGCCGCCGAUCUCGACAGAAUCCAGCAAAAGAUCUCUGGAAAAGCCUGGUGAAACUUCUCCACCAUCGAUCUUUUCUCCAUCUCCUUCUCUUCCCUCGCCGCAGGUUUCUUCCCCGUCUCCUCCUCUGCCAUUAAAGGCUUCUCGCAAGAUGGUAAAUGUUUCUCAAUCGUUGGAUUCCUCGGGUCUUUCUCCAUUAUCAAAGGCUUCUCCACCUCCUCCCCCACUCAAGCUUCCUGAAUCUGACGAAGGAUUACCGGAACCACCAAAGAUUGAGCAGAGGAGCAGAUAUGAGAUCCCGAAGCAUCUGAAGGAGCUGAUCGAGAAGGACAUGGUGCCGCCAGUGCUCAGAAGGCCAUUGUCUCCAUCAAGUUAUGCUGACUAUUUUGGUACUUUACUUUAUUCCGAGGACUUUUACUUAGAGAAAUGGAGCAAUUAUUUAUUGUCUGAAAUCACCCUAGAGUUGCGUCAUGAUGUAGUCUUUCAGAUUCAAAAUUCAAGAGAGGGCAAGAAAAUCAAAGAUUUUGUAGCUUUUGAGAUUGAUUCAGUUCCUGAAAGACGGCCAUAUCUUUUAUCAGGAGAUUUUGUCUAUGUACAACCUUCAAGAGAGAUAGCAGGACCUUUCAAGGGGAUCCUCUUUCGGGUGGUAAAGAGCACGACUGUGUUAGUAGAAUUUGGAGAUGAUUUCUACAAACAGCAUUCACCAACAAAGAAGUAUGAUGUUAGCUUCUCCUUCAAGAAAGUUUGCCUUGAGCAGUUUCACCAGGCAGUCUCAACUGCAAUGGAUCCUUUAUUGCAUAAAAUCAUCUUCCCUGAUCCAAGCUCCAGAAGCAGUUUCUUGAAUUUACCAUCCUCCAAAGUUCCAGCCUACAGAAGCUCAAGUCAUGGUCAGCUACAUGUAGUAAAUCGAAUUCUAAAUCUCAAGGGUCCUCUGCCUUAUCUCAUUGAAGGGCCAGUGUCAGAAACCCGAGAAGGAACCCUCUCUGGUACUGGGACUUUUAUUCGGGAAGCAGUUCUCCAAAUUUAUAGAACUUGUGCUCACUGCCGAAUCCUUGUAUGUGCUCCAAGGAACAGGACAUGUGAUGCACUAAUGGAAAAGUGGAUGUUGGAUAUUCCAAAGUCAAAGCUAUUUUGUGCCAAUGCUGCCUUUCGUGAGUAUCAUCUUGUGCCAGAUGACAUUAUUCCAGCAUGCUUGCAUGAAGGAGAGCUUUUCACUUGCCCCCCACUCUCUGAGCUCCAGCGGUUCAAGGUCAUAACAUCUACCUUUUUAAGUAGCUUUAGGCUUCAUGCUGCUGGAAUUGAGGCUAACCAUUUUACUCACAUCUUCUUGGUUGAUGCUUCUUCUGCUACGGAGCCUGAAACAUUGGUGGCUCUUGCUAAUCUGGUAAGCAACAAGACGGUCAUCGUGAUCACAGGUUCAUCAAUUGAUAUUCCAGCUUGGGUACGAUCAGAUAUAGCAAGGUGGAAGGGACUGAAGAAAUCACUUUUUCAUAGGCUUCUUCAGAUGGAACCAUACUCCACGAAGGAUCCUAUGUUCAUGACACAUAUUGUAUAAAUAAUUUGAACCAGAUGACUCACUGCACUAUUGGUGGUGCAAAAAAUAAUGAAGUAGAUGCUGCAGUUCUGUUUCAGACUGAAGACUGUGCUUUAACACAUCAAGUUCAUGCUCAGCAUUAACAAAUGUUGAAACAUAUGGUGACAACCUAGAUAAUAUGCCCAGUGGUCUCUAUCACAAUCACAUGAAGACUCUGGAUGAUCACUUUAUAAUCUAGGUUAAUGUUUGGCCAUUUCCUGAACUUACAAAAAUGUAUGGUUUUUGAAUAAAGUGUAUGGAGACAAAAGGGGGAGAAAGGAACUCUCUCUCUCUCUUCUCCCUGAACUUACAAAAAUGGCUUAAUCUUCGGGACAAGCAUAUACUUAUUGGUGGAGUCACCAAGAUAUCAAAUGAACUAUAUCUGGAUUG